AUGACAACAACUGUCGGUACUGUCUUUUAUAUAGCUCCAGAGUUAUUGGAAUCAAGUGAUCAGAAAACAGAUCAUCUCAACAAGAAGACGGCUGAUAUUGCCAAGAAGGUUGACGUUUAUAGUUUCAGUAUCAUUUUGUGGGAAGUCUUCUUUGAGAGAAUCCCCUAUGUGGACGAUAUUCAAUCCUCUACAUUUAAAGUACCCUAUUUAGUGAUACAGGGUUUAAGACCAUUAAUUUUAUUCAAGAAUAGAGAAGAAAUUCGUAUGUGGAUUAAUACUACAUCAUCGAUCAUGUCUCGAGAGACCAUUUCUAACAUGGACAACAUGGUCGAUGCUAUUUAUGAAUAUUUUGAAUUGAUGAAGAAAUGUUGGAACAAGGAGCCACAAGAACGACCUAGUUUUGAUGAGAUUAGGGAAGUCUUGUCAAGUAUUUUGACCAAGAUCAACCAGGAUCAUUAG